AUGGCGCCCCGAAGCGAAAAGAGCCAAUUGAAGCGGCCUCACGGCUCGCUGCCGGAGGAAGGCACAGACACGAAGAAGCCCCGCAGGUCCGACCGCUUGGCCCAGGCUGACCCGGACAAGACGCCCGUGUCGCGCGAACUUCAACUGCCAUCGCCCGUCACAAACAAUGCCACCGAUGGCUCGGGCGAGCUUCCUCAAGACCACACGGCGACGCCUCCGGUAGCCGUGGCCGGCGAGCUCACUCCCAGAAAGGCUCCCGAGAGCCAAGCGCUGUCCUCUCCUCCGCAGGACACACAGCCGCUCAGCCAGUACGUCGACCGACACCCGGCGCUGUCUGAAGACGUUGUGGACGAGCUGAAGGAAGGUGUCUGGGGUUAUCUAGUCCCCCUUGACCCCAAGUACGGCGACAAGCCUCUGGUGCUGAAAAAACGCGUCGCAUGCCCUGUGGGUGAUGCUAUUGAAGCUACUUCAGAGACUGAGAAGAAGGACAAAGAUGACACAUCGGCACCUGCUAAAGAGGAGGAGGAAUAUGAAAAGACGAAAGUCAAGGGCGUCUCGGCAGGUGGUUACCUGAUCGGACGGCAUGCCGAGUGUGUUGAUUUGAUUGAUUCCAUGUUAAUCGUGGAUCCGGAGCGAAGGUACACUAUUGAUCAAUGCCUGAAACAUCCUUGGCUUGUAUCCGGCGCACCAGCCGUAAAUGAUAGCACCGGGGGACUUGUUGGUGGCAUCGAGGGAUUGGAAGUCAACCGUAGAGCUCCUGUCCGAGAGAGAACACUUCUCUCAUCGCUCAAUUCUGUAUCGAUUACUGCUCGACUGGACGGCGGCAAUGACGGAACUCCCAUCAAGGUAUUUUCGAAGAAUAAGCACGCCGCCGCCAAUGCUUCGCAGGAGGCAGGCCCGGCACACCAACGGGCACCCGAAGAGUUUAUCGAAAUGGGCGGCAAAGGGGAUCAAGUACUUUUUGCUGAGGACGAAACGAGCAUCUAUCCCGCGGGCGAUAUCGCUGCGAAGAAGGCGGAUGGCAAGCCAAACGGCAAAUAA